AGAAAAGCGCUUCAGCGCCACGCUGUUUUGCCUUUUUCUUUCCUAAUCGCGGCCCCUCCUCGGGCCAAGAUACAAAGACGCUGCGGCCCAUUCGCACAACUACUUGUUAUGACGGUGGGACUCGUCCUGCGCUCGCGCUAUGGAAGCGCUGACGUCACCCGGCAAAUUGAAAGACUCCAUGAAAGAUGACGGAAGAGGUCAUAGUUAUAGCCAAGUGGGACUACACAGCGCAGCAGGACCAGGAACUUGACAUCCGGAAGAAUGAGCGCCUGUGGCUCCUGGACGACUCGAAGACGUGGUGGAGGGUGCGGAACGCCGCCAACAAGACGGGAUACGUGCCUUCCAACUAUGUGGAGCGCAAGAACAGUCUUAAAAAGGGCUCGUUGGUGAAGAACAUCAAGGACACGCUGGGUCUGGGCAGGACCAAGAGGAAGACGAGUGGCCGCGAUGCCUCGCCCACACCCAGCACCGAGGCAGAGUUCCCCGCCAAUGGGAGCGGUGGGAGCAGCGGCGCCGAGCGAAUCUACGACCUCAACGUGUCGGCGAUCGUGAAGUUCUCGUACACGGCGGAGCGGGAAGACGAGCUGACGCUGGUGAAGGGGGCGCGCGUCACCGUCAUGGAGAAGUGCAGCGACGGCUGGUGGCGCGGCCACUGCGGAGGUCAAGUCGGCUGGUUUCCCUCCAACUACGUGCAGGAGGAAUGCGAGGAGGCGUCGGCAGACCCUCUCGGCCACCCGUCCCCUCGCCCCAGCGCCGCUGUCAGCAAUGGCCAGGGCCUCCGGGUGCUGCAUGUGGUCCAGACUCUGUACCCCUUCAACUCGGUGACGGAGGAGGAGCUCAACUUCGAGAAGGGUGAGGUCAUGGAGGUUGUGGAGAAGCCGCAAAACGACCCCGAGUGGUGGAGGUGUAGGAACUCCCGCGGCCAGGUGGGCCUGGUGCCCAAGAACUACGUGGCCAUCGUGAGUGACGGCCGGGGUCCAGGUACCGGGCCGCACUCCCCACAGAUGAGACGCACGGGGCCUUCGCACACAGGCAGGUUUGCAGGAAAGGAUUGGUACUACGGCAGUGUGACGCGACACCAGGCGGAGUGCAUCCUCAACGAGCGAGGGGUCGAGGGAGAUUUCCUGGUGCGGGACAGCGAGUCUUCGCCCAGUGACUUCUCCGUGUCCUUGAGGGCCCCGGGGAAGAACAAGCACUUCAAGGUGCAGCUGCUGGAGGAGGUCUACUGCAUCGGCCAGCGACGGUUUGCCACCAUGGAUGAGCUGGUGGAGCACUACAAGAAGGCGCCCAUCUUCACCAGCGAGCACGGUGACAAGCUGUACCUGGUGAAGCCUCUGCAGUGACGGAGGGCCGGGCCAAGCCCGACGCCCAGCCUUAGAUGCAGACCGCACACUUUGACGGAGCAGAGUGUCUCUGAGGCGCCUUCCUUCCUGUCCUUGACUGUGGUUUGAGCGAAUGGACCGUGACGGCGACACGAGUCAACUGAACAAGCGGUGGAACAAUCGCAGGGUCGUCGUGGCCCACGUAACCCUGUCGGUGGCUCUCUUCUGUUAGCUUCGUUUUUUGUGUUUAUAUGGCUGUUUGUCCUUCUGGGUCUGUCUGUACCCGUAUAACCUUCCCUAAAGGUUGCGUACAGCGAAACCCAAUUAAGAGCAGCAUCCUCACUAAGUGACCGUUGUAAGCAGAUGCUCGUUGCCUUGGCUGGCAAUGCCACCUCAUUUACGUAGUUGCCCCCGCACCCCGUUCUUUUUCUCUUUGUUUGCCCUGUGAGGAAAUGAUGAGAGGGCCGGUAGGGAUGGAGUCAGAUUUAGUCCGGCGGUGUUAAUACACAGCGCGUCUCCCACCCGAAGCAGCUUACCUUUACUCACAGUCCUUUGGCGCCAACUGCACUGAAGCCAAAACCAAUGGUGCUGCUGCUGCGUUUGCCGGCAUCACGACCGCGCAGCAGUUCACUCCUGUCUUAUGAUUGUUACACACGCCACGCAUGGAAUCGUGGAAAUGGGGGAGUCCUGUAGAUCUCAGCAAACAUGCCGCCGCUGAAGGUGCCUAACACUGCAGGCAGUUUUAAGUGCCACAUACUACUUGUUGCAGUUUCAUCUCUUCAGGGUUUCACAGAACUUAGGCUGCGGCGUGGCCUGGCGCUACAACACACAGGCGUUUGAGUCCGGACGCAUUGUGAAGCGGCUGUGAGGCACAGCGCUUGAAAGAUUGUAUGGCUCGGGGGAGGGGAGGGCAGCGGUGUUACUUCAGGGUUAAGUACAGCAGAGGAUUAUCGGGGUACGGUGAGCUGAAUGUCUGUUGAUGUACAACCAAAUGUGCCACACGUAAAUCUGUUUGUUUUUCGUGCCCUGCUGCUCAUUUACGUUCCACCGUUGUUCUUUUUCUGUUUCGGUUAUGUCAACAUAUAGCUGACUUAUCUACACUAAUUCAAUAUAAUAGAGAGUUUUUUUUUUAUUUUUAUUAUUAUUAUUAUUAUUACUGUUAUUUACAUUUGCAAUGUCUGUUUACCAAUGAGAAGUCUGCCGAUAAUUUGAUUUCCCAGACUUUUUAAAGUGUUAUGUUAUUGAGCAUCAUUAUUUAAUUUUUGUUUGCACUGUAUGUAUAUUUAAAUCAUAAGGUGCAAAUAUAAAUCAUUUAGAUCCAGCAGUGUAAGGUACUGUACCUUUGACCGUGUGAGAAUUGGAAUACUUUUGUUCAAUUAAAAAUUUUGCAAAAUA